GGCACAAUUUGACCGAAAUUGUGAUCAUUCAUAGUCAAGUGCCUAUGCCUAUGCCAUACGAACUACUAUAAGGGUUUCGCACCGAUCACGCCAGGUUGACCUAAUCUUGGCCAUUCAUACAUGAUCCUACAUGAGCUAAUCUAAAACCGAUCGAUCAUCCAUGGACGGAGCGUCUAUGACUAAAUCUACUCUCAACUCGUAGAGUUUUCGUCUCCCUUAAUCUCCCUCUCAAAUCUCAUUCCAUCACUAUCAUUGUUCAUAAUUCAACUCACCAUUAAUCUCUCGUGGAGGAAUCAAUGCCAACUCACUCCAAUUGACAAAAACAAUUGGACAUAUUCCAAGCACGCCAUCUCUCCUACUCUUGCGUGAAGAGAAGGGUUAACACAUGAUCUUCUCAAAAUGCCCCCGGUAAUUUAAUUGUUUUCAUUUUACUACUUGUAUUUUAUUUUAUCCCGGCAUUAGGGGGUCAUCAUUACAAUUUUUAAAAAGUAAUUGAGUCAAGCAGCAAAAAUCCAAACAAAUGAAUGGUAUAUUUUUUCACAAGGAGAGCCAAGAACAAGGACUUUCCUCGGUAUAUCAGAGUUCCUCUAUGCCAUAAGAAAUAAACAAUUACUUGUCUUCUUUCUCCUGCCUUCCACUCCAUAAACUUCUGCUCCGACUCUACUCUCCGGCGAUUCAGCCAUGCUGCUUCACAGAUCAUGCGCUUGUAGUUGCCUCCAAAUGUCCAGCUCCGACCGUGAAGAAGAAGACGACGAAAGGAGUCAUGAUCGUCCUCCUCAUCCUUGGAGAAUGUACUUGGUGAAAGAUCUCAUCCGUGCGACGAGAAACUUUCACGAAGAGAACAAGCUCGGAGAAGGUGGCUUUGGCACGGUCUAUUGGGGCCGGACAAAGAAAGGAACCGAGAUCGCGGUGAAGCGGCUGAAGGCGCUGUCGGAGAAGGCGGAGAUGGAGUUCGCCAUGGAAGUGGAGAUACUUGGAAGGGUACGACACAAGAAUCUGUUGAAUCUACGGGGAUUUUGCGCCUCCAAUGAUGAAAGACUCAUCGUCUACGAUUACAUGCCCAAUUGCAGCCUACAGAGCCACCUCCACCGCCACCGCCGCCCCCACCCCUCCCCCCCCCCCGCCUCCUCCUCCUCCCAAUCCUCCACUCAGGCGGACCAGGUCGUCGCUGGCGCUGCGGAAGGAAUCGCGUAUUUGCAUCACGAGGCGAGUCCGCACAUAGUUCACCGGGAUAUCAAGGCGAGCAACGUGCUGUUGGACAGCGAGUGGAACGCGAAGGUGGCGGAUUUCGGGUUCGCGAAGCUGAUGCCGGAGGGGGUGAGCCAGCUGACGACGAGAGUGAAGGGGACGCUGGGGUACCUGGCGCCGGAGUACGCGAUGUGGGGGAAGGUCUCCGACCACUGCGACGUCUAUAGCUUCGGGGUGCUGCUACUUGAGAUCGUCAGCGCGCGGCGGCCGAUUGAGAAGCUACCCACCGGAGUCAGGCGCGACAUCGUGCAGUGGGCGGCCCCCUACGCCGCCCGAGGCGCGUGGGAACGCAUCGCUGACCCCAGGCUCUCUGGGAGGUUCGACCGGGAGGAGCUCCGUAACGUCGUCACCCUCGCGUUGAGGUGCGUAGAGGGACGACCGGAGAAGCGGCCGACGAUGAAGGAGGUGGUGGAUAUACUCAACCGCAGGGCAGAGACGGUGUCACCGGCGCCGGCGACACCGGCUAGAAGGUGAUUGAUUUCAUACAAAUUGGUGAAUUGUGCGUGAAAAUUAUAAACUUUACAUAAUAAAUUAAUUUCACACAUAAUA